CUGGCCUAUCUUGGAUCUGGGGCAUUAGCGCAAAGGACAUAGCGAGCCUUGCACAUGUCCCUCCUCCAUGUUCCAAAUUGCUGUGACGCUGCUCAGUGGGCAGACAACAAGUGUCGGCGUGCAAGGGGAGACACGAAUGGACUAUAUCAAGCGCGAGGCGCAGAGGAACUUGAAGAUUGGACUAUAUGCGUUGGUAGACUCUUCUGGCACGCUUCUGAAACCUUGGAAUCGAGUCAAGGAGGUAGGUCUACAAGAGGGCUCAUCGGUGACCGCCGUAGUGCGCACCGCGCAGCUCAUUGGAGACCGCGGAGCACGAGGCUUUGCGGUGCUACGUGCAGACGGUGGUGUGGUCAGCUGGGGCCACCCGAGCUUCGGUGGAGACUGCCUACGCGCUCAGCCUCAAUUGAAAGACGUGGCAAAGGUUUUUGCCAACUGCGGUGCUUUCGCAGCCAUUCGGUGCGACGGCACAGUGGUGACAUGGGGGAACCCCAAUUGUGGAGGAAAUUGUCGAAAAGUCCAAGCGCAACUCCAAGAUGUGAAGGACAUUUGUCCUGGAAAUGUGCCACCGUAUCGGGCCAUCAUCGAGGGGGCCUUCGCAGCCAUCCGCAAUGAUGGUCAUGUGGUAACUUGGGGGAGUCCUGGUUGUGGCGGCGACAGCAGCAUGGUACAGGAGGAGUUGCACAGCAUCAUUGAGGUCCGUGCAACCUGUGGUGCAUUUGCAGCUCUGAGGGCUGAUGGGAAGGUCAUCGCCUGGGGAGAGGACUCAGAAGCUACAGAUCUCAAAGCUGUAGAAGGUGAAUUAUGUUCAGUGGAACGGCUCUUUUCCAACUUGCGCUCCUUCGCUGCCAUUCGAACUGACAGACGUGUGGUGACCUGGGGCUGCGACAUUGCAGGGGGCAACAGCAGUGAAGUGCAAGAGGAGUUGCAUGAUGUCUAUGACAUUGCAGCGGUGGAUCUGGCAUUCGCAGCCAUCAAGACAGAUGGUUCGGUGGUCACUUGGGGGAAUCGCAAGCUUGGCAGCAACAAUGCAGCAGUAAGGUCGGAACUCUACGACGUUCAGCAGGUAUGUGGCACUGCUAGCUCUUUCGCAGCUUUGCGGGCUGAUGGCAGGGUUGUGACUUGGGGUCAGCCUGGAGCUGGUGGUGAUAGCAGUUGUGUCCAGGACCAGCUUCAUGAGAUUUGUCAAGUCGUUGCGGCAGAAAGCGCAUUUGCAGCUCUCCGGUCUGACGGGAAGGUCAUCACAUGGGGAAGGAUGGACAUUGGCGGUGACAGUAGCACGGUUCAACCUGAACUCAGAGAUGUGGUCACAAUUUGCAGCUCAAGACAUGCUUUUUCUGCUAUCAGAGCUGAUGGCCGAGUCAUAUCUUGGGGGCGAGCCGAUCAGGGGGGUGAUAAUUCCAAGCUUGGCGCGGUGGAUGUCUUUGCAAUCAGGGAGCGCAGCCUAUAGCUUUCCUUCAGCUUGCCAAAGAUUGCUAGCUGCUAGAUAGAAACCUUCAGUCUUGGAUUGUUUAAGUGGCCUGGGAACAACAAGGAUGACCAGUUGCUGCUGCACAGCAUUCGCGUCGGCAUGCUUUUGCUGCUUCUGCUCCCUGCCAUCGAAUUCAGGGGCUUUGAUCGCCC